AUGGAGGGCGCUUUUACCCACCUCGGGAACCACCUCGUUUCCGAUUCCGCGGCCGCCAUUAAAGCUGGCGGCUCCGACGAGCUUUCGAACAUCGACCCAGACGAGGGCCUGCUCUACGGCGUCUAUGGAGGACGUGGUGCUCGCACCGGCCUAGGAAACGCUAGACGCCGCCAAGAUGACGACGACAACGAGACCGAGGUUUUCGACGACGAUGAUGAGAGCUUAGCGAGUGUCCCUGUCGAUGGCAUGAAGGGCCUCAAAUUGAACGCACCAGAGGAAGAGAAGGAGCUCCCCGCCCACGCUUGCGCUGCCCGCGGCAACUCCAGCUCUUCCCACAUCGUCAACCACCUCGUUCGAGCCCGUCAUAAGGAAGUUCAGCUUCACCCACAGUCCUCGCUGGGUGAUACGAUUCUCGAGUGCUACAACUGCGGAACCAAAAAUGUUUUCAUGCUUGGCUUCAUUCCGGCGAAAUCCGAUACUGUCGUGGUUCUCCUUUGCCGCCAGCCCUGUGCCGCAAGCACUUCGACCAAAGACAUGAGCUGGGAUAUCUCGAGAUGGCAGCCGCUCAUCGAAGACCGGUCCUUCUUGAACUGGCUCGUCCAGCCGCCUACCGAUACUGAGCAGCUUCGAGCGAGGCAUCUUACCCCGCCGAUGAUCGCGAAACUGGAGGAGAUGUGGAAGGAAACCCCGGGCGCCACCGUGGCUGACUUGGAAAAGAGCGCCGGAGUCGACGACGACCCGCACCCCGUGCUGCUGAAAUACGAUGACCCCUACCAUUACCAGAACAUCUUCGGCCCACUCGUCAAGAUGGAGUCGGACUAUGACAAGAAGCUCAAAGAAGCGCAGUCCGAGGACAAUCUGCAGGUUCGCUGGGACGUCGGGCUCAACAACAAGAACGUGGCUAGCUUUAUCUUACCCAAGAUCGAAUCGGGUGACGUCAAGCUGGCCGUGGGCGACGAGAUGAGGCUCAAGUACAAGGGCGAUCUCCGUACCCCGUGGGAAGGUGUGGGCUAUGUGAUCAAGAUUCCCAACAACCAGUCGGACGAGGUCACACUCGAGUUGCGGAAAUCGGGCAACGACAAGUCAGUUCCCACCGACGUCGCCACGAACUUUUCGGCCGAUUAUGUCUGGAAGGCCACGUCGUACGACCGGAUGCAGUUCGCUAUGAAGACGUUUGCCGUGGAUGAGAUGAGUCUCUCUGGCUACAUCUUCCACAAGUUGCUCGGGCACGAGGUCGCAGUGGCUCCGAUGAAGACGCAGAUGCCUAAGAAGUUCCACGUCGCGGGCCUACCGGAACUGAACCAUAGCCAGAUCACGGCCAUCAAGACGGUGCUUUCGAACCCGCUCAGCCUAAUCCAGGGCCCUCCGGGCACUGGCAAGACUGUCACGUCGGCGACCAUUAUCUACCAUCUGGCCAAGAUCAAUAAUAGCCAGGUCUUGGUAUGUGCACCAUCUAACGUCGCCGUUGACCAGUUGUGCGAGCGCAUCCACCGCACCGGCUUGAAGGUGGUCCGGUUGACGGCCAAGUCGCGCGAAGAUGUCGAGUCGUCCGUCAGUUUUUUGGCCCUUCAUGAACAGGUCCGCAUGAACGAUUCCAACACGGAGCUCACCAAGCUUGCUCGCCUAAAGGCCGACCAAGGCGAACUGUCGUCUCAGGACGAAAAGAAGUUCAAGCAGCUGACUCGUGCUGCCGAGCGCGAGAUCCUUAACAACGCAGAUGUCGUAUGCUGCACCUGUGUGGGCGCCGGCGACCCGAGGCUUUCCAAGAUGAAGUUCCGGAACGUCCUCAUUGACGAGUCAACACAGUCUGCCGAGCCAGAAUGCAUGAUUCCGCUCGUCCUGGGCUGCAAGCAGGUGGUCCUAGUAGGUGAUCACAAGCAGCUUGGGCCAGUCAUCAUGAACAAAAAGGCGGCCAAAGCCGGUCUGAACCAGUCUCUGUUCGAGAGGUUGGUAAAGCUGAACUUUACACCCAUCCGGCUGAACGUGCAAUACCGAAUGCACCCCUGCCUCUCGAAGUUCCCAUCCAACAUGUUUUACGAUGGCUCACUUCAGAACGGUGUCACGGUCAGCGAGCGGCUCAGGACGGAUGUAGACUUCCCCUGGCCGGUUGCCGACACGCCCAUGAUGUUCUGGUCAAACCUCGGCAACGAAGAAAUUUCGGCAUCUGGUACGUCUUACCUCAACCGUACCGAGGCUGCCAACGUCGAGAAGAUCGUCACACGUUUCUUGAAGGCCGGUGUGAAGGCCCUCGACAUCGGUGUCAUCACUCCAUACGAAGGCCAGCGGAGCUACAUCGUCAGCACCAUGCAAAAUACCGGCACUUUCAAGAAGGAAACAUACAAGGAGGUCGAGGUUGCCUCUGUGGACGCGUUCCAGGGCCGUGAGAAGGAUUUCAUCGUGCUGUCCUGUGUCCGUUCCAACGACAACCAGGGCAUCGGUUUCUUGUCGGAUCCCCGCCGUCUCAACGUCGCGCUCACUCGUGCUAAGUACGGUCUGGUCAUCAUCGGAAACCCCAAAGUUCUCUCCAAACACGAGCUGUGGCACCAUCUCCUUGUCCAUUUCAAGGACUGCAAGUGCCUAGUCGAGGGUCCUCUUACCAAUCUGCAGACGUCACUGCUGCAGUUCAGCCGACCCAAAACUGCCUUCCGCCCUCCCCGGUACCCCCAACAAGCUCAGCAUGUUGCGAGCGGCUAUCCCAACGGCCGGCACAGUGGCGCGAACGGCUCGACCAGGGAUUAUGAGACGGGGUCGAUGCUCUCGUUCAUUCCAGACGACGUGUCGUCCAUCCACAGCUCUGCCCUCGGCGGCGCCGGGCUAAGCUCCGCCUAUCCGCACAUGUUCUCGAACUUCCACCCCGAGCAGUGGCCUGGUUUGCCGGGUGUGAGCGCAGGUGGCCGCCCCGGCGCGAAGAGUCGCGGUCGCGGUGCCGAGAGCGUCGCUGGCGAGAGCGUUGCCAACAGCGAGUUCACCGAUGCCAGCGCCAGCGUCAUUGGUGCCAAGGGCGUCGGUCAAGGGGGGGCCAGUCUCGGUGCCGGCCUUAGCGAAGCGAUUGGCGCGGCGAGGCCUACCUCUUACAGCCAGAGCGAUCGUCUUAAGCAGUACGUCGAGAGCGGUGGCCGCAUGGGGGCCGGCAACGGAUAUGGACGGCGCUUUGACGACGACGAGAAGAGCGUCAGCACCGCUUUUGCCAGUCAAAUUGGAUCUGGGUUCGACUGA